AGCACCCAGCACCCAGCAGCGAGCACCCAGCACCCAGCAGCGAGCACUCAGCCGUCCUCCUUCGCACAUACCACACACACUUACACCCCACCAACCCAAAGCCGAAGCGUCUUCUCAUCCCAUCACACAUACCCCACACAAUGGCUCCCGUCGAAGUCCCCACCGAGAAGCCGGUCACCUCCGUCACGCACGUCGUGAUCUUCAAGCUCUCGGACCACUUCACCACUGAGGAGGAGAACAGGCUCAUCACCAACUUCCACUCCGCCAAGGACGUCUGCCGCAAGCCGGAUGGCUCUCAGUACAUCCUCGAAGUCCAGGGCGGUCGCGACGUCAGCCCCGUCAAGGUUCCCCACCACCAAGGCUUCACGCACGGAUUCGUGCUCAAGUUCGCGAGUCUCGAAGACCGCGACUACUACUACGAGCAGGACCCAGCCCACAAGAAGAUGAAGAGCGGCGCUCGCGCGUGGUUCCCCGAGGAGGACAUGGUCGUGAUCGAGGUUCUGAAUAGGGAUUGAUCAUUGAUUCGGAGGCGGGAUCUGUAUGUUUUUUAGUGUUUGCUUUACAUACGAAAAACAAAAGAUUCUAAUCCAGCA